AUGCGUUUGGAUAAAACCAUUCAUCAGUCAUUCGGCCACCCUGUCACGGAUACCACCAAACCUGGAUAUCAGGUGACGUGCCCCGAGGAUUUUGAACCAGAAGAUCAACGAAUGGAGGAAUUGGAGCAACUUUUCGACCAGUGGAACGAUCCUACUUUGACUUUCGCCCAGCGCAUGAGAAAUGGAGAAACAAUGUCUCCUGGUUUUGCCCUUUUGGUCAGGAAAGGAGAAGAUGGACAGCCGUGUCAUAUCAUGUUUAUUUCCAAUCCGGUCUUGACCAAGCCAGAUGUAAUGGAACCCAAUACUUUUGGAGCUCCGGCUCCCUUUGGGGAAAUUGUCAAUAAUGAUAUUGCGCAAAAGUAUGUAGGUGAUCCUACAAAAAGGACCCAUUGUCUUUUGGGAUCGCUGUCCGGACAUACUUUUGCCUCUUAUGGAACCGGCAAUCGUAUCGAUUUUUCAAACUCUCUCCUUCCCGUUUUGAUGACAGACGGAGCUGCUAUUGGAAAUAAACCUUUCAACCGUGAUGAUUGGAAAAUUCUGUUUUUUCCAGCAAUGUCUGCUUGUCCUGUGGGAUUUGUUUGGCCGGCGAGUGAUGGUUUUGAAGCCUUUCAAGAGAGUAUUACCAAUCGGAAAAAGAUAUUCACUGGUCUUCUUCACCUAUUGACGUCAAGGAAGACUAUCAUUGAAAAUUGGUUCACUGCCGUUAAGGCCAGCCCUGCAAGUUUUGCGGUCCCAGUGGUGGAUGCUCUGCCGUUUUGGUCCUGCUUUCCCACUGAGCAUGACCCAGUCGACGCCCGUGUUUUGGAUGUGGCCUUACUAGCUCCAUUCCAAGAACAAAUGGAUCGUUUCCUUUGGAGCCACUUGAUGCAACUCAUAUACAGAAGUGGAUCCUUACCUACGUCGACUCUUGGGUUCAAGAUGCGUGCUCGGGUCAGGAUGCAUAAUAUGCGCGUGGCGGAGUCUUAUCCUACUGCCUUGGGUAUUACUUUACCACCUGAGUGUCAGGCCUUUGUCAACUACCUCUUCCCUUUUGAGGAUGAAGACAAGGGAUGGGAUGGUCGUAUCCCUAAAUGGUACAAGACGCUUGAUUUAGAUUCUGGAACUGAGGUUCCGGACUCGUACUUGCAAUACACCCCUCGCCCGCUGCCGUCAUCUGCUCAAGAUCCUGACGAUUAUGUUACACAGAGGUUGACAUUGCCUCCAGUAGCACCUCCUGCCGCUUUGCAACCGAUGGAUGAUGAUCUUGCGGAAUUCCUUCAGGCUACCAAGCGACACAAGCCCAAUUCCCGUCGAUCACCGGUCCAUCCGCCAGUUACCCCCGCUCCAGAAGACUCUUUUGUCUUGACGGAGGCAGGAAACUUCGAAGAUGGACAUGGUACUAAUUAUGUACCCCAUGAUGAUCCUGGCGGGAUGCAACCCCGUACUGAUGGACAAGUACUGCCAGCGGUGACACCGUCUCCUUCGGCAUGUCGCCCACUGGAUCAUGUUGCUUCGAGCCACACUUCGUUUCCGUCGUCUCGUGACCAACAUCCAGAUUCCAGUUGUUUCAGACAUCCUUCAAGGGGCAAUCCGUUUGCUGGUAUUAUGAACGGUACGAACAUACCACUCCAGUCGCCAGCCCAAGGUAUGCCUCAUGAUGGGAUCCACGAUUCGACAUGGAAUUCUCCGUUUCAACAAGGUCCUCGUGUCAGAAUUGAUUCUACCCCUUGUGGUCCGUCACCUUUCGCUGGUCAUCGUCCCACGACGUCACCGGCAAUGGGGUUACCCACACCGGUGCACCACCAACAGAUGUUUCCCGCCUCCCCAGGGCUGCCUAUGCAUCACAUGUAUCCACAUUCGCACAUGCCGAUGUCUUACCAACCGGGGUAUGAUGGUACUAUGUAUCCGAUGAGUCAUUAUCCGACCCACCCAGCAUUCCAUACCAAUAAGCCGAAUUCUCGGCCCAAAUAUACCCUCAUGCGUUCGGCAAGAAUUAAUACGGAAAUGGAACGUCGCUGUUGUCCUCCAGAGUUGAAAGCGAUUGGAUAUUGGUUGGUGCAUCCACUUCCUCCUACUGUGGGCGUGGUUUGUACCUCCCUUGGUGAUCAAGCGGCAACUGAUGUGCUCCAAUUUGGAUUACCGACCGCGAUUGGACGAAGAUGUCUGGAAGGUUUUGAUUACAAAAAAGAUGGUCAAGUUGCAGUGAAUAUCGUUUGCACUGCUCUUGAGUACCGCAUCAAACACCAAUUUGGAUCUUUUUCGCAAGUUGGAGAACUUCAGCGUGACCUACGGUCUGUGAUGAACAGUGACUUUGUCAAAAGCAGUUAUAAUAUUGCUACUUGGGGAGUGGAUCCUGGCAAUGCUCCACCUCCAGGAACAUCUAAACGAUUUUCUUUGUUGGCGUUCCUUCCGUGCGUUUUGGCAAAUCUUUCUUCUGAAUAUCUCCCACGUGACGGUCUUACAUGGCAGCAGAUGAAAGAAUUUGCAAUGGUGACAUACUAUCACUUUGCACUUUUGGGAUGCACAAAUCCGACAUCGGACAACGGAGAUUAUGACGAUUCACUCUUUUGGAAUUCCCUUUUUGGCCAUUGUUUGAGAUACAUCUGUCAAUGCGUUCAAAACACAAACUUGGGACGUCGGUGGGAUCAGACGCCGGCGCAGUGUACUGCUGCGUACUUUUGUGAUUUGAGUGAACUGUUUUAUCUAUUGAAGAAGUUUGUUGACCAUCGUAUUGGCCAUGACGUGGAAAACUAUGGUAUUGGUGAUGCCUGGCCCACAAAUGACCGUAAUGCGGUCUUUAUCCAAUCCUUUGGGACAAAAACUGCCUUCGGACAAGCUGUAUCCGGUGGUCCAGAGAGGCACCUAUCCUUCUAUUGUAGAUCCGAAGGCAAAGCGUACUACUGUGAGGCAUUCAAGAAAUUAACCCCUAGUACAACUUGGUGA